GCCAAGUCGAGCGAAUCGAAUAGGGAAACCUACGGGUGUGACCUUCUGUAUUUUUAGCGAUUCUAAAUUACUGUUCAAUUAUCUACUCAAUUAUUAACCGUCUAACCGUUAAGAAAGCAUUAAUAAAUAAAUGUGUAACAUAAUUUCACAUAAUCAUCAAUUUCAAUUUGAUUUAAAUAGUUGAGAACUGGAGCUAUGCCAUCUCUUAGGAAAAGAGUUUCCACAUAUUUGAGGCAAUUGAGCUUUCAUAAUGAACCCAGAGACAAGAAGAAUAAUGUUAACGAAAAUGCUUUUGUCACUAAAUAUUUACAAGGAAGUAUAGCAUUAACAGAAGGUCCACCAAUAAUUUAUGGCAAAAACCCAACCGAUUUGCCCAAUUAUGAAUUGGGCAAAUACGACAGCGGUCCCAAUACCAUUAUUGGGUGCUAUUCAGGCCCUAAUGGAGGCCUUACAACUGUAAAACGUACAGAGAAGCAUUUAUCAGUUCCCGACGAUGAUAUUGAUUUUAUUGAUAAUCCUGAGGACGACGAUCCUGUACCCCAACCAAUACCAAAAAAAUCCCCAAAAAGAGUAUCGGGUCAACCCAUUGACAAUACGACAAUGAUGAUAAAAGUGGCAGGGCAUGAAUAUUGUGUUACCAACAAGCCCAAGAGGCACAGUAAAAGCUAUAGUUUGGGUAGUAUUUCGGAUUUCAAUAUCGAAGUGGAAAAAACAAAGAUUGACAAAGAAUUUUAUAACUGUGAUGAAAAUUCCAAUAGUAAAAUAACUCGGUGCAAAGAGAAUCAAAGGAAAUGUGAUAACACUUGUGCUUUCCAAGGUACUACACCAAAAGAAAAUGUGUCUACUAAUGUAAAUACUAAUAAUGUAAGGAAAGAGGAACAUAAUCUUAAAAUUAAACAGAAAUCUGUUACUAAUAUUAACCCAAAUAUACCAAAGACUAUGGAUUCAAGUCGUAAGACAGUUGAAGCAAAAAAAGGUCAAAAUUAUUCAUUAUCCAAAUCACGGAGUGAUGGAAAUCCAUUUCAUAAUAAAAAGAAAGGAAAAAUCAUCCAAGUGCAGCGACAGCAGAGCCAUAGGGGUGACGAAUCCAUUUCUGUUCCCUUACCUGAUGACACAAUUCUGCCUUCUGAAUGGAACAAGAAAUCUGAAUUCUAUUAUGGUGUAUCUGAUAGUUUAUAUGACCAAAAUCAGGUGACGCAUCAUAAAAACGGCGAUCCUAUAGCUGACUGUUUCGGUGUUAUCGCUAGAGGCGACUCGGCUAUUUUAGCUGUAGCUGAUGGAGUAAACUGGGGUGAAAAGGCUAGUAUAGCAGCUAAAUCAGCAGUGCACGCCUCAUUGCACUACUUGAACAAAACCAUAUUUAACGACACAAAACCGUUUGAAAAACUGACCACAAAGACUGACGAUGCGGCUUCUGGUAAUGACCCCUUAAAUCCUAAUGAAACGACAAACCUUAUUGCAAACACUAGGGAAGUGUUUGUGUGUUUGUUGAGAGCUUUCAAUUGUGCUCACGAUCUCAUUUUAGAAAAUAAGGGUAUGUUAACCACGCUUACAGUAGCAAUUAUAUUACCUCUUAAACAAAAAUUACCUCAGAGAAAUGAAACUAGUGUCAGAUCUAAUGAGCCACAUUAUGUUUGUUGUGUUUGUAAUGUUGGCGACACUUUGGCUUAUGUUUAUUCACAAAGACAUGGCAUUAGGGAACUAACAAAAGGUUCUCAUGAUGUCAAUAGUAACAGAGACAUGCGUGACGCUCUAGGAGCUUUAGGCCCCGUAGACGGAAUUAAUCCAGAACUGAGCAACCUAACUUUAUCCAUAACCACUCUAAACAAAGGAGACAUAGUUAUGGUUGCUAGUGAUGGAUUAACAGACAAUUUUGACCCAAACGUUUGUAAAUUUACAGUAAACUCCUCUGUAGAUGCUGCUAAAAGUAAAAUCAAAAAAACCUCCACUGGAGUGCUAGCUAGUCAACAAAAAAUCCAAGAACCAGAACAUAAAGUGCAAACAGUUAGUGAUAUUCGUAAACCCGAAACUGAACCUCUGGCACAAAAGCCUCCAGUAAAACCUCCAAGAAGAACCAAAAACAGAAGUUCCAUAUCAAGUACUAGUCAAUCGGAAAGAUCUAGUUCGUCAGUGGAAAAGGAUGUUAAAAACAAUUCAAAUGAACCUAAAUCUUCUGAGCUAAAUGACCCCUUAAAAGCUCAUUUUCUGAGAGAAAAUUCACUUGAAGAACCAAAGCCAGUCAAAAAAAUACCCCCUGUUAUUGAAAACAAAGCUAGCAGCCUUAGAAAACAGGCCUCAACUCAACUUCGACAAGAAACUACAAGAAAAAUCACACCUCCCUCAAAAUCAAUUCCAAAAACUUUAGACUCCAACCGCUCAAUGGGAGGCUAUAAGUUUCUGAAAUCAAAAACUUCAUUGGAUCUACGAUCUACCCAUAAUCAAGUUCAAAUAUUGAGAAACGACGAUGGCAUUCCAUACGUAACCCCAAUACAAAGGUAUGAACUCCAAUUACUUCUCAUGGAAGAUAUUUUGAGAAAUGGCAUUUCGGGCAGAGAUUUACCAAUAACUACAGCCAAAAAACUUUGUGAAAGUCUUGUGAGUUUCACCUUGAGCAUUACGUCAGCUAAAAGAAGAACCUUGGAGGAUCAAGAUAUGUAUUUUGAUCAUCGAAAUGGGGUUUUAGUUGAAGUGACCAAUCAAGAAAAGAAAAUGCGAAGAAAAAAAGGGUUAGAGAGGGUGCAAACCUUACCUGGCAAACUUGAUCACGUUACUGUGGUGGCUUAUAAUGUUGGGAAUGUGGCUUAAAUUAUGCUAGUCAAAACUUUUUCAGUUUUUAUAUUAACUGAGAAAAAUGUAUUGUGCCAAUUUUUUGGUUCGCCGUCGAACGGUUUGUCAUUAAAAUUAAAGAUUUUGUCGAGAAAAAUUUAAUAUUUUAACUGCCAUGUAUCCAACUAAAUUGCCUAUAUCAAAUUGCAAUUUAUUUUUCAUUUAUACGUAAAAUAAUACAUUUCAAUAUACUAUACAUAUUCUGUGCAAUAUUAUACUGUUUAAAAACGUACUAAACAUUCUUGAAUCAAAUUUAUAAUGUAGGUAUAUUUUUAUAAGACGAAAUUAUUUUUUUAUAUUUAAAAAAAAUUCGUAGGUAUUUAGUAUUUUAAGGCCGCAAAAAUGUAAUUUUGUUUUGUCUCUGUGGUUUACUAUUGGAGGAGGUCUUGUGGUUAUUUGCACCUUUCCGUUCCAUUUGUUGUUUUGUUAAUUAUUGUUUUAAUUAUUGUAAUCAAUAAAAUGUAAUAAACUAUUGAUUUGGCUUCUA